UAAGUCAUCUUCCCCAUCUUCACCUACUACUGAUAACGCCUUUUCUUCUUACUCCACAUAACUCUCUCUCUCUCUCUCUCUCUUUAAUAUUGAGUUAGGGUUUCGUUUCUCUGUGGAAUUCCUGCUUGUUGAAUCCCGAACCUCCAACUAAUUUUAGCUCGGCGGUCCCAUCUCCUUCUCAUUCUCUACACUAGCCCAUACCAACCGUAUAAUAGCAGUGCUGACUGGUCCGACCGACAAACUCAGUUCAUUUCGGAGAAGAUGGGACCGAAUCUUCCGCCACACUCAGUUUGAGCUAUAUUUUAUUCUUCUCUCUAUAGAGGGGUAUAAGGGCGAGGUUCAACACAACAGAUCGAGUUAAUCGUAGUUAAGGAUUUUGCAAUAAAAAACAUGUCAUCAUCUGGAAGUUCUCUCAAUGGCCAACUUUCGCAAAAAACCGAUGUUUUCGGCCUUAAGCUUUGGGUUGUGAUUGGAAUAGCUGUUGGAGUCUUAAUAUUUUGCGUUCUUUCUAUACUAGUAUUAUGCCUUGUUGUUCGGAGUCGCAAAAGGUUUAGAACUUCCUUGAAAUACCUCCCAGCAACCCAAAUUCCGACUGUUUCUAAGGAAAUUAAGGAGGUGAGGGUGGAACAAGUCUCGGCUGAUAAUUUUAUACCACAAGAGGGGAUCCUUCUAACUAUUCACGACAAAUCUAAUGAUAAGGGUUCGGAUAAGGUCAUGCUCCAUUUGAAUUUGGGUAAAUCAAAACAUGCCGGUGAUAGUAGUCACUCAGGCUCAUUUCGUCGCACUGAUAGAGAAGCAGGUUCACAGUCCGGCGAAGAAGGAAAUUUGGAAACAAAUACUAUUUGCAAACCAGCUUCUUCGUAUUCGAUAACUGCUCCUUCACCUUUGACGGGCCUUCCAGAGUUUUCUCAUCUCGGCUGGGGGCAUUGGUUUACUUUGCGGGAUUUGGAAGUUGCAACCAAUCGUUUUUCGAAAGAAAAUGUUAUAGGGGAGGGUGGAUAUGGAAUUGUGUAUCGUGGAUGUCUCAUCAAUGGAACUCCCGUGGCUAUCAAAAGAUUGCUAAACAAUUUGGGACAGGCUGAGAAGGAAUUUGGAGUGGAAGUAGAGGCUAUUGGUCAUGUUCGUCACAAGAACUUAGUUCGGCUUUUGGGAUAUUGUGUGGAAGGCACUCAAAGGAUGUUGGUUUAUGAGUAUGUAAAUAAUGGAAACUUAGAGCAGUGGCUUCAUGGAGCUUUGCGCCAGCGGGGUUCUCUCACGUGGGAUGCUCGUGUAAAGAUUCUCCUAGGAACUGCAAAGGCACUUGCUUAUUUACACGAGGCCAUCGAACCAAAAGUGGUUCACAGGGAUAUAAAAUCCAGUAAUAUAUUGAUUGAUGAUGAUUUUGAUGCUAAAGUAUCAGAUUUCGGUUUAGCCAAACUUCUCGGGGCUGGAAAAAGCCAUGUCACGACUCGAGUUAUGGGAACAUUUGGCUAUGUAGCGCCUGAAUAUGCAAAUACAGGACUUUUAAAUGAAAAGAGUGACAUCUAUAGUUUUGGGGUUGUACUUUUGGAGGCCAUCACAGGAAGAGACCCGGUGGAUUAUGGCCGACCGAACAAUGAG